UGUUACAGGGGAACAACAGGGGAAAUUGUAGAGGUCGAGAAUGGGUAUCGAGAGCGUUUUAGCGGGAGGCUUGACCUCGGCGACGACCGGGCUCUCGUGGUUCUUUCCAGUGUUGGCGGCAGCGCUCGUGUACUUCCAGUACGAAGUGAUGGACAGCGAAGCGCCGCCAAUUAAUAUACCGUCCGAAGUUCUGCUUCCAUCCUACGACUUCAUCGUGAUAGGAUCCGGCUCUGCAGGAGCUGUUGUCGCGAGCCGGCUCUCCGAGAUAGAAAACUGGAACGUUCUUCUUUUGGAAGCUGGGGGCGAUGAAACGGAAAUCUCGGAUGUCCCUCUACUCGCCGGCUAUCUGCAACUCAGCCAACUCGACUGGCAAUACAAAACAGAGCCCGAAGCAGGCGCCUGUCUAGCGAUGGAGCAGGGUCGCUGCAACUGGCCGCGCGGCAAGGUGAUCGGCGGCAGCAGCGUCCUGAACUACAUGCUGUACCUCCGCGGGAACAAGAAGGACUACGACACCUGGGAGCAGCAGGGCAACCCAGGCUGGGGGUCGAGGGACGUGCUCUACUACUUCAAGAAGUCCGAGGACAACCAGAACCCGUACUUGACGCGUACGCCGUAUCACGGCACCGGAGGCUACCUGACCGUCCAGGAAGCCCCGUGGCACACUCCUCUGGCCGCAGCUUUCGUGCAAGCCGGCCAGGAGAUGGGCUACGAGAACAGGGACAUAAACGGCGAGAAGCACACGGGCUUCAUGAUCGCCCAGGGAACGAUCAGGCGAGGCAGCCGCUGCUCGACGGCGAAAGCCUUCCUCAGGCCAGCCAGGCUGCGCAAGAACCUGCACGUGGCGAUGCACGCGCACGCGACGAAGAUCCUGAUAGACCCCAAGUCGAAGAGGACGUACGGCGUGGAGUUCGUCAGGGACGAGAAGGUGUUCCGCAUCAGAGCUAGGAAGGAGGUGGUCGUGUCCGGCGGGUCCGUCAACUCCCCGCAGUUGCUGAUGCUGUCCGGCAUCGGGCCCAGAGAGGAGCUGCAGCGACACGGCAUCCCGGUGAUCCAGGACCUCCGGGUGGGCUACAACCUGCAGGACCACGUCGGUCUAGGCGGCUUGACCUUCAUGGUGAACAAGGAAGUCUCCAUGGUGGAGAAGAGACUGCACAAUGUUCAGUCGGUGAUACAGUACGCUGUCUUCGGCGACGGUCCGCUGACGGUGCUAGGAGGCGUCGAAGGCUUGGCCUUCGUCAAUACCAAGUACGUGAACGCGUCCGACGACUUCCCCGACAUCGAGCUGCACUUUAUAUCCGGCUCGACGAAUUCCGACGGCGGCAGGCAGAUCAGGAAGGUCCACGGGCUGACCAAGAGGUUCUAUGAUGCUGUCUUCGGGUCCAUCAGCGACAAGGACGUCUGGAGCGUGAUACCCAUGCUGCUCAGGCCGAAGAGCAAGGGACUCAUCAAGCUGCGCAGCAAGAAUCCCUUCGACCAUCCUCUGAUUUACCCGAAUUACUUCAAGGAAACCGAGGAUAUCGCCACUUUGGUCGAAGGCGUGAAGAUAGGCGUCGCUCUGAGCAGGACCGCCGCGUUCAGGAGGUUCGGCAGCGAGCUGAACUCGAAGCAGUUCCCCGGCUGCAAGCACAUCCCGAUGUACAGCGACCCCUAUUGGGAGUGCAUGAUCAGGCAUUACUCGGCCACGAUUUAUCAUCCGGUGGGCACGUGCAAGAUGGGUCCCUACUGGGACCCCGAGGCCGUGGUGGAUCCUCAGCUGAGGGUGUACGGGGUCAGCGGACUCCGAGUGAUCGACGCGUCGAUUAUGCCGAAUCUCGUCAGCGGGAACACCAACGCGCCGGUCAUUAUGAUCGGGGAGAAAGGCUCCGAUAUGAUCAAGGAGUUCUGGAUGAAGAGGCGGGGCCGAGGCUGAGUGAUCGUUGCGGACUUUCGAUGGUUAGAUUCGAGGGGGAUCGGAGUUCUCGGGAAAAUCGAGACGAUGAUCCUCGGGGAGAUUGUGUCGCGUGAUUGAAUGUUCUGUAAAUAUCGAGUAACGCUGGGAAAGUUAAUUGUUAGUUAACCCUUUGCGGUCCGAGGUGCUGUUGGUUUCUCACUUUGAGGUUCACGUCGACGUUAGUCCAUUCGAUAAUGGCUUGAUAUGACGCAUUUAUUUAUUCAACAAUAUUUGGGAGUCAUUGAAAUUACCUUUAAACCUUUGCGGAGGAAGACUCUUUAAGGUAGACAAAGCUUGGAACAUUGAAGCUAAAUUAUACAUCGAAUGCUUAAACAACAGUAAAAAGGGAUCUAUACACUGAUCACUUGCUAUUCAAGUAAUUAAGUCAUUCGGUUGCAACUUAGUAUUCCAAAUGUGAACGUUUCAUCUGAUCGAAAUAUCGACAUUCGUCCGCAAUGGGUUAAAUGGUACAAUUUUGACACUACAAAUAUAGAAAAAAUUGUUAAAACAGGUAGAGGUUGUAAUAUAAUAGAAUGUCGAGUCUGACAUUGGACUGCUAAGGGUUAAGGAUCGUGGGGGAUGGGUGAGUUCGAGGAUUUAGCGAUGAUGGAGUGUCGAUGGCGGUUGAAGAUGGACAAUGUUAAGUUAAUGGAGCGCGAUGGGAAUGAUAUGGUUGAGGGGUUGGCUAACUUCGGCUCAAAAGUUUGGGAUCACUUUUGAUUGUAGUUUUUGGAAAGGAGCAUGGAGAAUGAUCUUCGAAAUUCGAACAAAACAAUACAGAGCAACACAACUCCGAAACUGCUAAAAUCAACAAGCAAUUUCUCUCUAAGAUUUGUUCGUUGCUAUGUUAUGUUGCUUUUUAAUUACUUUGUCUUGUUGAUUUCUUAUUGGAGAAGAAGGGGGAUGACUGGUUUAACCGUUGCAUUUCCGUUGUUAAUAUUGAAGUUUCUUUCUUGUGGAAAAAGUGAACUUGAACUUUUGAGUUGUACUGUACAUUUGAAGCCAGAGAAAGUAGGGUAGAAUUAAACGACUUUCUUCGUGUGAAAAAAUUGUGUUUCUGAUGUCUGUAUGAUUCUAUAUUUUUUAUACGAAAUAUUUUAUAAUUUAAUGAAUCCCAUUUGUUAAGAUUUUAUUUUCUAUACUCAAUGUGUAUAUAGAAAAUUGUAAAUUAUGCUG